ACACAAACCCCGACACCAUCAUGACGCGCUUCUCAUUCACAACGGCUGGUUUGUUCAGCCUUGCAAUCUUUACUGCUAUGUACUUGGCAACAUUCAACGUCAACGCAGCUUCGAUUGAACGUAGAGCAGGACGUACCAAACAACUUUACUCUUUCAAAUUUUCUUAUUUCAACGAAAGUGAUGGAGAAACGGAAUCGGGUAAAACAGGAUUCAAUUAUGAUGGUUUUUUGCGUCCAUUUGGUCGCAUUUCUGGAGGUGGCGGUUUUGACUACGAAGCUGAUACUGGAUACGAAGGCGGAAUUAACAUAGGUACAACAGAUCCCGAUAACGUCAACAAGACCAUCAAUGGUUUAGGAGCAGGUUAUCGAUUCAACGAAACGAAUGUUGAUAUCGGAGCAGGUAUUUCUGCAUUUGAUCAAAAGGUUAAUUUUCAACUCGAUAUCGCAAAAGACGGUACAAUCUUUGUACAUUUUGACGUUCAAUCCAAUUCGACUGAUUUGGUUUGUCAACCAAGUGAUGAAUCCGAUGAUAGCAGCAGUGGAAUCGUUUGCACGGCUACCCCAAACGCAAGUUAA